AUGAUUCGUGACUAUGAAUACGAAUUGAUCAAUUGUAAGGGGGUUCAGAGCAGCGGUGAUUACGGCUCUAUUGUUGUCUUUCUUUGUGCUACAACAAGGUUACUUUCACUAGCAAUUACCUACCAAACCCCACAUUUGAAGUAUUCAUAUCGAUCAAAGAUCCAUCGAGAUAAAAUUCUUGAGAAGCGUGCUCGAUACAAGCAGCAAACCACAUUCAGAAUAACGACAAAUAAUUUAAUUCCAAUAAAAUCCUUCAAUAAAAGAACUGUUUAUAAUGGAAGGCGUUCUGCAACCUUGCAGCGUAAGCUGACUCGCCACAAUCGGAGUCGAUUUGCUACCGAUCAGACGUUGGUAGUUGGAUGGAUAGAUACACUAAAUGAAGAGGAAGGGAUAUUUGAGUGA